CCAACGGACAACUACCUACCACCCUUCUCUCACCAUCUUUCCCACCUUCUCUGUUUCGGGCGAUUCAAUUCAUGUCUCUCUGCCUCUGCCGUUCUGACGCAGACGCACUCCAGAAUUAUUUCUCUCUAAAAAAGAGAAAAACGGAAGGAAAAUCUAAGAAAGGCAAUUCCCAGAUUAACAUCUUCCACCAAACACAAACAAAAAGGCUUUUUGAACAACCCCGUCACGUUUCUUGACCUUCUCUUCUUGACCUUCUUCUUCUUCUUCUUCCAUCUAACACCGCGCCCAACCAAAAAAUUAGGAACUUUUCCUUGCUCCUUCGGAGUCCCCUUGAUUGGGUUCCCAGAAAAGUUAAAUCUUGUUUCUGGGGUUUCUAUAUAUCCAGCAGAAACCCCUUGCUCUGCCUCGUCUUGAUCUGGAUUUCCAAUUACUUUUGUACGAUGUCAAGUUUGGAGGAGCCACUUGGUCUUGACAAGUUGCCCAGCAUGAGUACUAUUGAUAGGAUUCAGAGGUUCUCAUCCGGUGCGUGUCGACCGAGAAUGGAUGAUAUGGGAAUGGGGAGUUGCUGGAUUGAAGGAAGGAAUUGUAGCUCAUCCAACAGUUGCAGCAAUGACUAUGAUGAGUAUACAGAAGAUUCAUUCCCAUGGAAAAGGUAUACCCGAAAUGGGUCCAAAAAUGACUCCUACACCCGAUCUUCAAAUGGAGGCAGGAAGGACUCAGUGGCUGGGAGUAUAUGCACUUCCUGGUACUUCCCGGACCAUCAGUAUAGAUCCAAGUGUGAUGAAAAAGACACACGCACCACAUCGAACAAGUUUUUGACAGGUAUUCCGAAGUUUGUGAAGAUUGUGGAAGUUGGUCCAAGAGAUGGAUUACAGAAUGAGAAAAAUACGGUGCCUACCGCAAUCAAGGUGGAAUUGAUACAAAGAUUAGUGUCCUGCGGGUUGCCUGUGGUUGAAGCCACAAGCUUUGUAUCACCUAAAUGGGUUCCCCAGCUGGUGGAUGCAAAGGAUGUAAUGGAAGCAGUACGUGACUUGGAGGAUGCCAGAUUGCCUGUUCUGACUCCUAAUAUGAAAGGUUUUCAAGCAGCUGUAGCAGCUGGUGCUAAGGAAGUAGCAGUGUUUGCAUCUGCUUCGGAAUCCUUUUCGAAGUCGAACAUUAAUUGUAGCAUCGAAGAGAGUCUUGCACGUUACCGUGCUGUUACUCAAGCUGCUAAAGCGCUCUCGAUCCCUGUCCGUGGGUAUGUCUCGUGUGCCAUUGGAUGUCCAGUAGAAGGACCAAUUCCACCUUCAAAAGUUGCUUAUGUGGCAAAAGAGCUACAUGACAUGGGGUGCUUCGAAAUUUCCCUCGGUGAUACGAUUGGGGUUGGUACUCCUGGAACUGUUGUUCCAAUGCUUGAAGCUGUAAUGGCUGUUGUCCCAGCUGACAAACUUGCUGUUCACUUUCAUGACACCUAUGGGCAGUCUCUCCCUAAUAUUUUGAUUUCCCUCCAAAUGGGAAUUAGCGCAGUAGAUUCCUCCGUUGCGGGAUUAGGCGGUUGUCCCUAUGCGAAGGGAGCAACAGGAAACGUUGCCACGGAGGAUGUGGUGUACAUGCUCAACGGGCUUGGCGUGAAGACCAAUGUGGACCUCGCAAAGCUCUUGGUGGCUGGAGAAUUCAUAAGCAAACAUUUGUGCCGGCCAUCUGGUUCGAAGACAGCCGUUGCCUUAUGCCGUGCUACGGCAGAUGCCUCUAAGAUAUGAAGAAAUUAAAGUGCUAAGUUUUCUAUAUCAUUUUCUUGCCCAAAGCAAGAUGAUUUAUAUAUGUAUUCUGGUCAGUAUCGUACACUCCUAGUGUCUAGAUAAGUAUAGAAGAGACCAGAAAGUGUAUUUUUUCGAUGAUGCUCAAUAUAGAAAUUUAACAUCAUAAUCUAA